GCUGGGGAGGCAGGAAUGGUUAUCCCUGAAGCCACUGACCUCGCAGAAUUAGGAUGCUCCUAUGCAGUGCUAAGCAGUGGAUGGGAGGCACAAAGUUGGGUCCAGUUUGUCUUCAGGGAGGCCUUGGAAUGUGAAGGUGCACCAGCAAGCCAGGCACCUUUAGGGUAUCUCAAUGUGAAGGGUGACAAUGAAGAACAAGAGAAAUUACUAAAGAAAAGCUGUACGUUGUAUGUUGGAAAUCUUUCCUUUUACACAACAGAAGAACAAAUCUAUGAACUCUUCAGCAAAAGUGGUGACAUAAAGAAAAUCAUUAUGGGUCUGGAUAAAAUGAAGAAAACAGCAUGUGGAUUCUGUUUUGUGGAAUACUAUUCAAGAGCAGAUGCAGAAAAUGCUAUGCGAUACAUAAAUGGAACCCGUCUGGAUGACCGGAUCAUUCGUACAGACUGGGAUGCAGGCUUUAAGGAAGGCAGGCAGUAUGGACGUGGGCGAUCUGGCGGCCAGGUACGAGAUGAGUACCGACAGGACUAUGAUGCGGGGAGAGGAGGCUAUGGAAAACUGGCACAGAACCAAUGAGUGGGGGAGCCCAGCAGGGAGAACCUCACUCCUGUGGUCUGUUGAAUUUGCUGACAAACAUUACCUGAGGUCCGCAAGCAGCCUACUUUUACCAACCUUUGAUCAGUGUCUCUACUGAAGACCUCUUCGUGGUUUUUCUUCCUCUGAAAAAGUAUUAAAGGACAGAAUCCAAAAGAAUGCCUUUAAUUAUAGUCUUAGUAUCUUGGUAUUA